UCCCCACACGUGCUGCUGAUUGGUCAAAGGGGGAGAGGGGGCGUGGCCAGCAAAGAGAAGGAAGCAGUUCUUUUCCAAACUGGGGGAAGAGGAGAGCUGGAAGGAAGGAAGGUACGCGUUGCCUGCAGUGUCGUUACUAGGAACUCGUUACUUUUGAAUAGAAUCAGCUUGAUCUUGCUUUCACUGUGAGAAGAUGUUUAACUGCAACACGUCAGUGAUCAAAGAGGAACCAGGAGAAGACCUUGAUGUCACCCUGGCUGGGAGAAGCAGUGGCGGACCCUGGGGAAUUGCUGGGGAGAAGAUCCCCAAGGAGGACUCUCUUGACCCUGAUGUACAGCCAGAGCCAUGCAAAAAGGAACCAGGAGAACACCUUGAUGUUGCCCCGGCUGGGAGAAGCGAUGACGGACCCUGGGGAAUUGCUGGGGAGAAGAUCCCCGAGGAGGACGCUCUUGGCCCUGAUGUACAGCCAGAGCAAUGUAAAAAGGAACCAGGAGAAGACCUUAAUGUCACCCCGACUGGGAGAAGUGAUGGCGAACCCUGGGGAAUUGCUGGGGCGAAGAUCACCGAGGAGGACACUCUUGGCCCUGGUGUACAGCCAGAGCAAUGCAAAAAGGAACCAGGAGAAGACCUUGAUGUCACCCCAGCUGGGAGAAGCGAUGGCGGACCCUGGGGAAUUGCUGGGGAGAAGAUCCCUCAGGAGGACGCUCUUGGUCCCGAUGUACAGCCAGAGCAAUGCAAAAAGGAACCUGGAGAAGACCUUGAUGUCACCCCGGCUGGGAGAAGCGAUGGCGGACCCUGGAGAAUUGCUGGGGAGAAGAUCCCCGAGGAGGAUGCUCUUAGCCCUAAUGUACAGCCAGAGCAAUGCAAAGUAAACUCAGCAGGAGAAGCCAAUGAGGUUGAGCCGGACACCAAGCAGGAGACACCCUUUCAGUGGGUGGUGAAGGAGGAGGGCAACGGGAGCGCAACGGUGCUGAGCGAAAACGAGUGGAGCCUGCUUCCUCUUCGUCCCUCUUUAUCAGGCAAAGAUGAGAAGGAGAGUGAGAAUGGGGAGAAAGCGGAUGAAAGAACCCACGCAGGAGAGAAAUUGUACAAAUGUGUGGAUUGUGGAAAGACCUUUGCUGAGAGAGCAGGUCUUAGUAGUCAUAGAAGAAUCCACUCAAUAGAAAAUACAUAUAAAUGUGUGGAGUGUGGGAAGAGCUUCAGUGUGAGAGGAGACUUUGAUUUACAUACAAAACUCCGCACAGGAGAGAUAGCAUUUAAAUGUCUGGAAUGUGGAAAGAGCUUCCGUGUGAAAAACUGUCGUACUGUGCAUAAUAUAGUCCACACAGGAGAGAAACCGUACAAAUGCGUGGAGUGUGGAAUGUGCUUCAGUUUGAGUGGAAGCCUUCAUACGCACACAAGAAUCCACACGGGAGAGAAACCAUAUAAAUGUGUGGAAUGUGGGAAGAGCUUCCGUGUCAAAGAGCACCUUACGAACCAUAAUAGAAUCCACACAGGGGAGAAACCCUACAAAUGUUUGGAUUGUCACAGGAGCUUCCGGCAGAGCGCCCAGCUUUCUCGCCACAAGAAGAUCCACACUGGAGAGAAGCCACAUAAAUGCCUGGACUGUGGAAGGUGCUACAUUGAAAAUUCAAGCCUUAAAGUGCACAGAAGAAUCCACACAGGAGAGAAACCAUAUAAAUGCCUGGACUGUGGAAGGUGCUACAUUGCAAGUUCAAGCCUUAAAUUGCACAGAAGAAUCCACACAGGAGAGAAACCAUAUCAAUGCUUGGAGUGUGGAAAGAGUUUUGCUUUGAAAGUAAGCCUUACUAAGCAUACAAGAAUCCACACAGGAGAGAAACCCUACAAAUGCCUGGAGUGUGGAAAGUCCUUCACCAAGAGUUCCCACCUUAAAGUGCACAAAAAAAUCCACACAGGACAGAAAUCAUAUAAAUGCCUGGAGUGUGGAAAGCGCUUUAGCAAUCGAAAGGCCUUCUGUUGCCAUCAGAGAACCCACACAGGCCAAAAGCCAUUCAAAUGCUUAAGAAGUGGCAAGACCCGUAGGAAUAGCACUGAGCUUCCUUUACAUCACACAAGUCAAUGAGGCGACUGUAUCUGUAUAGUCUUAUGUUAGAUUGUUAUAGUGUGCAUACUCGUUUGUAAUCAGAUAAUAAAGAUUUCCGAGCUUGAUCCCUGCAGCUGGGCGUGCAAUUAAAUUGUAUUGUGUAUUGAGAUCUCUUUCUGUGUGUGUGUCAGGAGAGUUGUAGUGCUAAGAGAUUUUUCCCUGUCAUCUAUAAUCUAUUUUAGAUUUUUAUAGUGUGCAUACUAGUUUGUAAUCAGAUAAUAAAGAUUUCUGAGCGUGAUCCUUGCAGCUCUUGCCUGGUCAUUCAAGAAGGAGGUGCAAUUAGAUUGUAUUGUGUAUUGAGAUCUUUCCCUGUUUGUGUGUGUCAGGAGAGUUGUAGUGCUAAGAAACUUUCCCCUCUCUUUUUGGAAUGCUAGACAGAUAGAGGUAGAGUAGCUCAGACCCAGUUCUUUAUUUUUAAGGAAUGUAGUUAUUAUUUUUGUAAAUACAUAUUUUGUAUUUUGAAA